GUGCUCCCACUGGCUUCUCAUAAACUUGGACGCGUCCUGCUAAACGAUGACCAAACGGCACGAAAGAGCACGAGCGAGCCAUCGUGUCGCGUCAAAGCACGCUGGAUAGGCUGGCUUUUUUUUUUUUUUUUUAAGAGAGAGAAGUCCAGUCUGCCUUGACUGACUGAGCAACACCUCACAGAGAAGAGAGAGAGAGAGAGAGAGAGAGAGAGAGGGGGAAGCAGAUCGGAGGAGUCCUGUACAAGCUCCCCAAGAUUAUCCAAUCGCAGGAGGAAUAUUAACGAUCGCGACGUAAAGAUACCACGAUUCCAAGAGGAACGAUCAUGCGGAGAAGUAGCACGUCCCGGGACAUGAUCGUCUUAUUGUUUUUCAUGCUGCGCGCUCCCGGCGCACACUGCGCGCUCCCUUCAACCCCGAUGGCCAGCGUGCAUCCUCAGGACCCGGCCCUUCGGAUCGGCGCCAGCUUGACGGCCACGUGUUCUGUCGGUACCGACCACGGCCUGCAUGCCGGCUCGCUCUACUGGACGCUGAACGGCCGACGGCUUCCCAGCAACACCUACAGCGUGCUCAGUCCCAGCGUGCUCAGCGUUACAUUGAGCAACCUGAGCGGCUCGCGCCAGCGCUCGGGGGACAACCUGGUGUGUCACAGCGGCGGGGGGCACGUGCUCGCCGGGUCCUGCCUCUACGUGGGCCUGCCACCCGAGAAACCUGUGAAUCUUACGUGCUGGUCGAGAAACACCAAAGAUCUCACCUGCAAAUGGGCGCCUGGGGGUCAGGGGGAGACCUUCAUUAAGACCAAAUACACACUCAAAUACAAGCUGAAGUGGUACGGUCAGGAAAAAGAGUGUGAAGACUACAGCGGCGGGCAGCCAUACACAUGCUACAUCCCACGCGACCUCGCCCUCUUCACGCCCUACGAGAUCUGGGUGGAGGCCUCCAACCAGCUCGGGAGCGCCACCUCAGACGUCAUCAACUUGGAUAUCUUGGACGUGGUGACAACGGAUCCUCCGGCCGACGUCCAUGUGAGCCGUGUGGGCGAUCUGGACGAUCAGCUGACCGUGCGCUGGGGAACCCCACCCGCCCUUAAGGACUAUCUCUUCCAGGCCAAGUACCAGAUCCGCUACAGACUCGAAGACAGCACCGAGUGGAAGGUGGUGGAUGACAUGGGGAACCAGACGUCCUGCAGGUUGGCAGGGCUCAGGCCAGGGACCGUGUACUUUGUGCAGGUGCGGUGUAACCCAGUGGGCAUACUGGGAUCCAGGAAAGCAGGCAUCUGGAGUGACUGGAGUCAUCCAACGGCAGCGUCCACGCCACACAGCGAGCGCUCGAUGGCAGGUUCGUGUGACUCCAAAGCGGCCCGGCAGAACUCGACACUGCGUCAGGACCUGAAGCAGUUCUUCAGCUGGGUGCGCAAGCGUGUUUCCGACUGCAGCGCCAUGAGCAUCAAACAGUACGACCAGUGGCGCGUCUGGCUGCAAAAGUCUCACAAAACCCGAAACCAGGUUCUUCAAGGAGACAAAUCGUAGCAACGUCAAACCCCUGGCUGCUGGAACAUUGGACAAGAUGGGGGGAUGGGUGGAUGCAUGGAGGAGGAGGAAGAGGGCGGGAUGACGGACAGCUAGCUUUCUUUUUUUUUUGUUUUGUUUUAACCAUGCUAGCUGUUAUUCCUGCUGCAGAAAGACUUGAAAACAAGGAGCAACCUGGGAUUUCAAAUCCACUGGACACUUCGUUAAAAAAAAGUGCCUCUAUUGUUUUUUUUGUUUUGUUUUGUUUGUUUUUCUUUUUCUUCCCAGCAUUUUUGUUUUUUUAAACGUUCAGUCGAUACCCGUGACAGAUAUGGAGGAUAUCUCGGGCUGGGAUUUGCACAUUUUGUUUUCCGAGGAUGACGUCAAUCGACCGCGCAUUUCAUCGAGUGAUGUUAUGACAUCAUAGAAUCCUGCAAUAUGUAAAUGAGCACCUCUAUCCAGUGCCUUAAUGACAGUUUUUUAUGACAUGCUGUUAAACUCUCCAGAUUUCACACAAGCCUUUUCCCACGUAGCACAGGCCUAAUAGUAAUGAUAUAUAUAUAUAUAUAUAUAUGUCCGAAUAUGUUUGUUUGUUUUUGUUUGUUUUUGUCUUCAUGAGCGUCCACUUUUACCAAAGAUACCUGUACACUAGGUGUGGGUGAUAUCACAUCAUGCUAUUUAAAGAUUUUUUCCACUCACAAAAUAUACCAUUCCACCUCUUGCACCUAUUUUAUUUUUACAUAAAAAGGUGAAUUAUAGUGUAGAUUUAAAGCUUUAAUUUUUUUUAAACAAUUAUGAAGAUUAUCAUUCAGUUAUUCACCUGAAAGAUGCAUAUGUGUAUUUAAAAAAAAAAAAAAAACAAAAUGGUAAAAGAACAGAAAUGGAAAAAAUCGGUAAAAUUUUUUAAAAAUUCUAACAUCCGGUCAGCUACUUGUUACUAUGUAACUACUGACGAUAUUCCAGAAAAUGACCUUUCGUGAUAUCAUCCAGUAACAUGAUCAAGCAUUCAUGAGUGUUCCAGUUGUUUAUGUGUAUUAUGGCCACAGGAGUACCUCUCAGAUGACCUCAUUCAUUCAAGUUUUAAAAAAUAUAUAUUUUUUUGUUUUUUAUUUUUUUGUUGUUUUUUUUCUCAAUCAAAUUGUUACUGUUUAUUCUUAGUAAGUUAAAAAAAAAACAAAUUUUAAAUUCUAAUUUCACUAUGUAGCAAUAAAAAUCGGUGUAGUAUUUCGUCACGGAUUAUUGUGAAAUCCAAAAAUGCAAAAAUGCUUCUGCAUAGCAAACACUAUUUAAAAUGUUUUCAGAAAUUGUCCUCAUUUCGUCGUAAAAGCGUUAAAACAUUUCUACUUCUGUGGGGGACUCCAGAUAAACAUCGCAAGGAAAGUUUACCUUCGCAAGACACAGAAUCCAGGAUUGACCCUUCUGUUUACUCAGCGGUGGAUUUAAUCCUCUCACACUUUUUGCCCUCAAGGCUGGAAUUCCAAAGAAAUAAUAAUAAUAAAAAAAACUGCAAAAUGGAACUCUGCGGCAUCAGGACUGUUCGAAAAUAAUUGUAUGUAUGUUUGUACAAUUGUACUGCUUUUUAUUUUUGUACUGAAUUGUAUCAGCGUAUUUAAAAAAAAAACAAAGUGUAAAGUUUCUGGCUCUUAAGUUAUAAGUAGGUAGUUUGUAAUAUGACUGACUGAAUUAUUAAACUGUAAUAUUGAA